AUGGGUGACAAGGCACAAGGCAUGGCUACCAAGGGCAUGCCCAAGGGCCCCGAGAUCCCAGACACCUCCCAGGUGCAGCAGGGCCAGCCGGGGCUGCAGAAGGAGCUGCGGGCCCAGCCCGUGUCGGAGCAGCUGCCCACGCAGCACGGCGACCAGGAGGUUCUGACGCUCGAGGCGUACCGCGGCGUGGGCAAGCUCAAGGGCAAGGUGGCCCUGCUGACGGGCGGCGACAGCGGCAUCGGCCGCUCCGUGGCGGUGCUGCUGGCAAAGGAAGGCGCCAAGGGGGUCGCCAUCGUGUACCUGCCCAAGGAGCAGCCGGACGCCGACCACGCCCGCCAGCUGAUUGAGGCGGAGGGCAGCGAGGCGCUGCUCAUCGCUGCUGACCUGUCGGAGGGGGAGGCGGCCUGCAAGAAGAUUGUGCUGGAGAAGUAUGGCAGGGUGGAUGUGCUGGUGAACAACGCCGCCAUCCAGUACGUGGUGCCCAGCAUCCAGGAGACGGGCGAGGAGAUUGUGUCCGACACCUUUCGGACCAACGUCUUCCCCAUGUUCUUCCUCUGCAAGUAUGCGGUGCCCCACAUGCCGCGCGGCUCCUCCAUCGUCAACUCCACCUCCGUCACCGCCUACCAGGGCUCCAAGAGCCUGCUGGAGUACAGCGCCACCAAGGGCGCCAUCGUCACCUUUACCCGCUCGCUGGCACUGCAGCUGGCGCCGCAGGGCAUCCGAGUGAACGCGGUGGCGGCCGGCCCCAUCUGGACGCCGCUGCAGCCGGCCACCAUGCCCGAGGAAGCGCUGGAGGGGCUCAAGGCCUCGCCGCCGCCGCUGGGCCACAUCGGCCAGCCGGUGGAGGCGGCCACUUCCUACGUCUUCCUGGCCAGCCAGGAGGCCAGCUUCAUGACCGGCCAGGCACGCUAUCUGUUUGGGGCUGGCCCAGUGCUGCACCCCGACGGCGGCAUGUCCACGUCCAGCUGA